CCUCGUACCUCAUGGUACUUCCUUAAGGAUGGGAAAGAUGCUCUAAACCUAUUUCUAUCUCUCUAGUUUAUUUUGUGAGAGCGUUUUAUCCAGCUCCAUUCCUAUUUUGGAUGAGCUGAAACUAUUUAGCUGACCUCCAACUCUAAGAGAUGCUUUUAUUUGGCGUAAAUUGAGCGUUGUAAGUUAUUGGCUAGUCAGUUUCAAAAUAAUAACAAAAAAUUAUUGGCUAGUGAAAACCAACAACUGCGAAGUUCAGACAAGAACAAGGUGGAUAAUAUAACGGGAUCGACAUGUUGUGUACUUGUGUGGUAGUGAGCUCCUCUAGUCAUGCAAGCAGGAUAGACCCGCGAGCUGCUACACUUGUCCUCAUUUACCAACACACAAGCUCUCCCUUGUCUUAACUGUUCUCCAAACAAAUAAGUACUUCCAAGAAUUUUUCGUUCGAAAGAUUCAGCCUUGGUGCAAUUCACCUUUUCUUUGGUGCGAUAAAAUGGAGGCCGCCAUCACCAUGGAUGAGAACUUGGGACGAAGUGGGUCAUUUCGAGCUGCGAUGAGCAUCUUUGGCGAAAGCAUCAACGGGAGGAAGGCAGACAAGAACAGAGGAACUGUUCCAGCCCAAGAGAAUCUGUCUUCUGAAAUGAAGCAGCUAGCACAAUCCGGUCUGGACAAGCUGAAUGAACGCAAGGCGUACGUGGAUAAAGAGAGAGCCGGCGCCGAGUCCGAGCUGUCGAGAGCGCGAGCCAUGGCGAAGGAGCUUGAGCGCCAAAUCGAGCAGACAACGGCCAAAGCCACGUCCCAGAGGUCGGAGCUCCAAGCAAUGUGGGCAGCGAGGACGAGGAGGAAGGGCACCGACGCACCGGGCGCGGAGCGCGACGCGCGGUACGCGGAGGUGGUGCAGGAGCUGGACCAAGCCAAGAAGGAGCUGCUCCGGCUGCGGCUCGAGGUGCGGUCCGCGGCGGAGGCCAAGGCGAAGGCCGAGCGCGACAUCGUGGCGUCGGCGUGCACGAUCCAGUCCAGCCUCCGCGCCAUCGACGAGAUGAAGCGGCGGGUGGACGAGGCGAACGAGGAGCACGUGCUGGUGGAGCUGGCGCGCAUCGAGGCCGAGCGGGAGCGCCGCGAGAUCGAGGCCCAGCGCGGCGCCGAGGCCGAGCGGUUCGCCGCGGACAUCGAGGCCGCGAGGGCCAGGGUCAGGGCGCUGCAGAAGGAGGCGAGCCGCGCGAGGGAGAUGGAGGCGAAGCUCGCCGUGACGAACUCCGACGUGGAGGUGCUUCAGGCCGAGAUGGAGCUGGUGCGCGCCAUGGAGAAGAGCCACGCCAAGAGCGACGAGGCGGCGGAGGACGCAGCGAGGAGGAAGAAGGAGGAGGCGCAGGACAAGGCGCUGCUGAAGACCGCGGAGGCCGAGCUGGACGCGGCGAAGAAGGAGCUGGAGACGAUCAAGGCCGGGAGCUUCCAGUUCAUGACGUCCAUGGACUGCACGCGCACCGAGAUCAUGCGCGUCGCCGAGGAGAUCCGCCUGCUCAAGGCGAAGGAAAAGAAAGCGGACGCGCAGGUGCAACAGCUGAACACCAAGCUCCUCAAGGCGAAGGCGCGGUUGGAGGCCGUCACGGCGGCCGACGAGAGGUCGAAGGCGAUCGUGUCCAACUUGGCGGCGGCGAUGAAGCAACUGAAAGCCGAGACGGAGGCGGCGAGGAUGGAGGAGGACCUCACCAAGCUGGAGAAACGGUGCGUGAUCGCGGAGGCCGAGAACAUCGAGAAGGAGAUCGCCACGACCGAGGGACGGAUCAAGCAGUCGGUGAAGGAGCUGGAUGCGGCGAAAGCGUUGGAGGCCGAGGCGAUGAGGAAGCUCAGGGACACCGUGGAGAGCACGAUGCAGGCCAGGGCGUCGUCGGCGGCACGGCGGCAGGGGACGAUGACCAUCUCCCGGUUCGAGUACGAGUACCUGACCGGGCGCGCGGCGCUGGUCCGGGUGGUGACCGACAAGAAGGUGGCCGCGGCGCAGGCGUGGGUGCAGGCGCUGAAGGCCAGCGAGAAGGAGGCCGCGGCGCGCGCCGAGGCGGCGGAGCGGGAGGUGAGGGAGAUGGAGGCCAGGGCGGCGCAGGUGGCGGCGGAGGCGGAGAAGACGGCGGCGGAGCAGAAGGAGCUGGAGCAGGAGCUGUACGACCUGAACGCGGCGGCGGAGAGGGACGGCCUGCAGUGCGCGUACCCGCGGCGGCGGUCGAGCAGGGUGUCGGCGACGUCGAGGAGGUCCAAGCCCCGGCGGUCGUCGGUGUCCGCGGGCGCAUGGAACCCGCGCUCGCCGUCGUUCACCAUCAAGAGGAAGAGGAAGGUGAUGCCCAACCUCCUGAAGCUGAUCAAGAAUAAAAGAGGCGGCAAAAAGAACACCAACUGAUCGAGCUGCGUAGAUUGUCAUGACCGCUCGCGACGCUGCGACCGUUUUUCUUGUUCUGAUUUCCGGCGGCGCAGCACAAGAAUGUUUUGAUCAUCAGUUUCGCGGGAUUAAUGGCACUGAUACUGUAUACUUGGGCUAGAUGUAAGUACAUAUUAAGCUGGCCAUCCGUUCACUACAUAAUGUAACCUGCACGUUCCUAAAUGGAUGGCUGGACGUCAACAAGUGACGAGUUUUGUGUGGUCUGUUGGAUAGGAUGGAUGGCUUGGAUCAGUUGUUGGUUAUUGCCCUAGCAGAGUUAAAAUUAAACUCGUGUUCAUCAGCUUUAAGGGGGCUUUGUUGACCUUGUUACCCAAAUCAACCAUACCAUAUUUUGGUAAUCUAUUUUUUUUUCACAUUUUGGCAUUAUCGAAUUUCGAUAGUGUUGGUUUUAUUUACUUUGUUUUGAUGUAUUUGUUAAAUUCUGGAGGGCUGCUAUACAACGGAAUCCCGUUUUCGAACGGGCUGCUAUA